AUGGUGCUGCCCAUUGGGCCACAUGAUCUUGGCACGCUGCCUGCUAUCCCUUCCACGGGCUCCUUGCCCCUGAAGGGAGACCGACAGCAUGCGUUUUGGGAACGCCAGGUGCAUGCCACCGCCAUGCUGCUUGUGGCGAAAGGCCACCUCAAAGUGGACGAGGUGAGGCGUGGUAUUGAAUACCUCGAGUCUGAGACCUACGCCAAAGCAUCCUACUAUGAGAAGUGGGCAUCCUCAAUUUGCAGUGCUUUGCUGGAGCACCAGCUGCUGAGCAACGCAGAGCUUGGUGUUGAGCUGGGUGCUGAUGACUCCGAAGCCAAGCCACGGUUCGCUGUGGGUGACGUGGUGCGUGUGCGGGAGAGCGGCCACGCCUGUCGCUGGCGGCGACCGCAUUUGAGGACUCCUGGCUUUGUGCACGGGGUUUGUGGCACGGUGGAACGGUCUUUGGGGUCCUUUGCGAACCCGGAGCAACUGGCCUUCGGUGGCCAGGCCUGGACGAAGUGUCCGUUGUACUUGGUGAGAUUCGACGCCAAGAGCAUCCAGGACUUUGAUGCAGGAGAGGUUGGAGAAGACCAGGUCACAGUGGAGAUCUACCAGAGCUGGUUGGAAAACGCCGAUCUCCAAGAGCUAGAACAGCAGAGGAAGAAGCGAAGGGAAACUGCCAAGGCGAGUGAUGGGCACCCAGACUGCAAACGGGCCAAAACCGAUCAGAGCGAUCAUGGCCAUAACCACGACCAUGUUCAUGAGGAACGUUCAGUCGUGGAGCAACGUGCCGUUGACGAGGAGUUGCCUUGCCCAGCUAUUGCGCGAGCACUUGUUGCAGCUGUCCAGAAGAAAGGCAUCGUGGGUGCUGAUGAACUCCGUCAGAGCAUCGAGAGGCUUGAUGAAGGUGAUCGGAACCGCGGAGCAGCUGGGCGCAAAGUGGUGGCCAGAGCUUGGGUAGACCAGCAGUUCAAGGUCCGAUUGAUGGCCGACGCCAACAGCGCCUGUGCCGAGUUGGGCCUCAACGCGGUCAACCCCACGGCGCCGACGCAGCUGGUGGUCUUUGAGCAGACGCCCAAGGUGCACCACCUCAUCGUGUGUACGCUCUGCAGCUGCUAUCCCUUGCCUUUGCUGGGCCUCUCUCCAGACUGGUACAAGUCCCGGGAGUAUCGCUCCCGAGCAGUGCGCGAGCCACGGAAAGCGCUGAAAGAGUUUGGGACUGAGCUGCCGCAGGAGGUGCAGGUGGUGGUUCACGACUCGACGGCGGACUGCCGCUACAUGAUCUUGCCCCAAAGGCCCAGAGGCACGGAGGACUGGUCGGAAGAGAAGCUUCAAGAGAUCAUCACGCGUGCUUCGAUGAUUGGUGUCACGGUGCUGCCUGAAGCAGUUUGA